CGUGUAGUGACGCUUGAACGCGUGUGAGCGUGCGUGCGUGCGUGCCUGAGCAGCAGCGUUUAUUGAAGAGAGCUAGUAGUUUAGGAGCAAACCGAGACAAUUAGAAGGUAGCGCUAAUUAUCUAAUUCAGAGCCGGAGUCGGAGGAUGUUACGCCGAAGAGGGGUGGCCAAAGACAAACAGGCCAAAACGCCCUCGGCCAAUCACCGCUCACCCCGCGCAACCGCUCCACCAAUAGCAGGGCAGCUCACCCUCCGCCUGCUCACCCCUUCACCCGCAGACCGUCAUGCUCAGCAUGUGUAGCUGAAACUAACCUCAGUGCACUUUUGACAGCCUGCCACGUUCAGCGGUCCUCUGCCCCAACGGAUACGCCGAAACAUGUCCGAGUCGACUAUUAGUUUACUGUAAUUUCACAGCCAGUGUUUCAGACUGUCUAGUAUGUGAAUAGUGUUACGUCUUUCCAAAUAUCAGGUGCUGUACUGGCUCUGGCAGUCCAUCACUAAAUAUCUGACAAGAUACGACGUCUCAGAAUAACAAAAUUGUCCUCAUCGAUCGUGCAUCAUCUACGUUUUCUAUCAAAGAACUCUCCGAAACAUCAAAAUAAUCCUAAAAAAUGAUAUUCCAAUAAGAACAUGAACUAAAUGAGUAGUUCCUACAAUGAACUUAUAGUUUCUAUCAUGAACUAAUAAACUGUUAGAAUUGGAGUGAAUGUUAACUUAAAUUGUUAGAAUAUAAUUGAAAAUCGGUUAUAUAGUUUUCAAUGAUGAGCAGUCAAGAUAUAGUAAACUUAUUUCUUUGUAGAUAAAGUGUUAUUUUUGGACUUGAUAUUAAAGAAAGAAGAACCUCUUGUCUUUCAAGUGAGAAUUUUUGAACGUGAUAAAGGAAUAAACAUUGUUAGCUAGGAUAUAAAACUAAUGCAAUAUCAAUUAAAUUAUUGUGGCAUUUAUUGAGUGAUGUAGGGCAGUGACAUAAGCAGCAAAAGCAUGACAAUGAUGAUGAUGGAGCGCUUGCUGCACCAAGAGGCACCGCCCUCACGGCCCGCGUCCCGAUCGUCGUCCGACUCGCGGUCACCACGCAGCCUGAGCACAUUCGCAGGCAGCUCGAGGCUGCUGCAUCACCCGGCUUCCGCCUUUCUCCGGCCUGAGCCUCACGACGACGACGGGAAAGAAGUGGACGACCAUUCUCCGGCAGCCAGUCCAGAUCCGCGGCGAGUGUCCUCCGAGGAAGACCUGCUGAACGUUGAUUCACCGGCCGGCGGCUCGCCCGUUGACUUGACCAGUAGCCGGCACCGGCUGCUGACUCGACUGCCCCCCAGCCCCUCCAGUCCUCCUUCGCCGGCCAAUGACGACGACGACGACCGCGAGGGUGUCGCCUCACCGCCCCAGCCGCACCGGCGACUAGCCUUCUCCGUCGAGAACAUCCUCGACCCGAACAAGUUCACCGGACGCGAGAAGGAACUCCCUCCCCACCCUCACCUCUCACCAUCGCAUCGAUGGCGACCGCAACUGGAUCUCAUCAAUUCAUCUUCCGAUAUCAUGGUUCAUUCAGGUCUCGGACAGUACGGCGGCGACCAGAGUCCGAUGGAUGACGACGACGUGAGCAUGUCAGGGGAGGGUGGCGCUCUGAGCGACGGCGGCAGCGAGGACCGCGACAAGAGGUCGUCAGGGGGCGGCAAGGGCGGCAAAGGUGGCAGUAAGUCCAGUCUGGCGGCGAGCGGCGGCGGCAAACCGCGAAGGGCCCGCACCGCCUUCACCUACGAGCAGCUGGUGGCGCUCGAAAACAAAUUCAAAACAACGCGAUACCUGUCCGUCUGCGAACGGCUCAACCUGGCGCUCAGCCUGUCGCUCACCGAGACCCAAGUGAAAAUAUGGUUUCAGAACCGACGCACCAAGUGGAAAAAGCAGAACCCUGGCAUGGACGUCAACAGCCCCACAGUUCCGCCCCCUGGACCAGCCACCGGUCCCCCUUUCUACCACCCUCUCGCCUACACUCCUCAUUAUCCCCCCGUGCAAACCUAUCCCUACUUUCAUCAUCUUCCACACGCUUCUUGAACCUCACGUAUUCAUUUGAUACGAAAAUCGAGUGAAUUCUAAGUUACUUCGUCAGUGUUCUGUGUAAAGCCAAAAGUGAUUACCGUCAUGGACUGAUCAACUCAUGUCAAUGCAAUCGGACAAGCAAUCAUGAGUUGAUAUGAUCAGAAUCGGUCCAUUUGAUCAGUGAAAGCGUCAUUACGAUCAAUAAGAAUCGUUAUUACAGUUUUUUCCCACUGCACCUUGUUAAGAAGAAUUUUUUUCAGUUCCGAAGCAAGAUUCGGUGGAGUUUCUCCUUGAAACCAUCUUGGCAAGGGAAUUAAUCUAUAAUAAUAAUUGAAAAUAGUAGUAUGAAUAAUAAUUAUUCAUACCAAUUGUGGAGUUCCAGUGAUGGAUUCAAAAAGAUCUCUCAAUCUGAUUGACACAUUUGAAUCUUCCUCUUGCGAAUAUUUUCGUUAUUUUCCUGAAGAGCAUUAAUAAAUCCAACAUAAAGUUAUGAUGAAAGAAUAAAUGUGUUACACUCGAAUCAAUUGAAUAUUCCUUCGCAAAGCAUUCUUCCACAAGCUGGACAGCUCUACAUUAAUUUAUUAUAUGGAUGAAGGCCAGAUCUCAAGCUUAAAAAUAAUUUAUAAAUCAUUCAUUUUGGAGCCCUUUUCCAAGAAAUUCGUGGGUAAUAAUGUUCAGAAUAUUUCAAUCCAUAUUUGGAAGUGUGAUUCGGGGGUGCACAUGUUACCAAUCAUUUUUGAAGAGAACUGAAUGCAUAAAAGACUGAAUAUGAACAAAAAAUAAUGGUGAAGAGUUAUGCAUUCGAGCAAGUUUGAAAGUUAAAGACAGUGAUUACCUGUUCGAUGAUCUCCCCAUAUCGUAAUAUUGUAUAUUGUGUAUAAAUUGUAGAAAAUUACCAUUGAAUGUAUCUAUCGUUUCUCAUUGUGUAUUUCAAGUGUUUAUAAAGUGUAUGAGAAAUCUCACAUCUAAAAUGUUGUAAAUAAAGUGAAAUAUAGAGUUAAACCAAUUGAA